GUGUGUGCGCGUGUGUGUGUGCGCGCGCGCGCGCGUGUGUGUGUAUGUGCGCAUGCACGUGCCUUUUUCAUUAACUUCCUGUAACAUUAUUUGAGGGGAAUAUUUGUUUGUUAUGCAGUAGAUAUUCUUUGAGUGCACAUGUUAGGGUGCACAGCCAUCCUCAUUUGUUCGGGACUGAGGGGUUUGACAGGGCACAGGACAUUUGGUGUUCACACCAGGACAGUUGUAGGCAAACCAGGAUAGUUCAUUAUCUCCAUAAGCCAGGCCUUGGGCCAGAUGCUUAGGGACCCUGGAGACCCAAACAGACCAUGGCCUGCCUCCGCAGAGUUUACAUUCUAAUAGGGAAGAUGACUUUUAGACAAUUACAUAAGUGAUGUGGGAGCUUGGCACAGAGGACUCAACCUGAGGGAACAGGAAGCCCUCUUGAGGAGGACUGAUAUUUAGCAUGAGAGCUGAAGUUGGGACUGGCUUUAGCUAGUCAUAGGACCAGACUAGAGUGAAGAUGUGGGAGUAUGUUUAAGAGAGCAUGUCAGGCAGAGAGAACUGCAUGAGACCAACUCCCAAAGCAGGAGAGUCUUGUGUGCUCCAUGAACUGGGAAGACACGGAUGGCUGAUGCCAAGACAGCAAAGUAAGGAAGGGAUACGAGCCAUACUGGACAGGUAAGCAGGCAGGGCCAGAUCAGGCAUUACUUUGGACUCUGUUCUCAGGCCUGUGGGCACACACUGAAGAGAUGUGAGCAGGAUGGCGUGGUCAGCAUUUGUGUUUUGCAUGUGGAUUAAAAUGGACUUCAGGAUAAAAAAUGAGGACUUAAAGGGAAGAUAGGAGGUGUUAGGAGAAGCUUAGGAAUAAGAUGGUUGUUCCCUAGACCUGGAUAAUGGCUGUAGAGGAGGGAAGAAGCAGAAAGAAGAGACCUUAGAGUUUCGAAAAAAGAGAAUGUAACAAUGCUUUCAUCAUGCGUGCGUUUAUUUGGCAGAUAGCACAGAACACUUACUGUGCUCCUAGCUCCUGUCUGUGCAAACCUGCAGGCACCGCCCUCACCCAGGUCCACGUUUUCACCCCACUCUGCCACUCACAGGCCCUCUCCACAUCCUAAAGGAAGUCAGGCCUGAGUAUGUCUAAGGCUUUUCUGUCCCCCACUGUGGCCAUUAGCCACAUGUAACCAUUCAAUUAAACCAUUGAAAAAUACAAUUAAAAAUUCAUUCUCUCAGUCCCACUGGCCUCAUUUCAAGUGCUCAGUAGCCACAUGUGGCUAGUGGCUACCGUAUUGGACACAGCAGAAUUAUAGACCAUUUCUGUUAUCACUGACAGUUCUGUUGGGCAAUACUGGUAUUGAGUGGCCGUUUCACUGUGACUCUCCCAUCACCAUCAUAUCCAAGAGGGGACAGGAGUCUCUGAAUCUGUAACCUGAACAGAGCCCCCUCCUGUCCUCAUGUGAGACUUUAGCUGCCAAAAGACCUUGCAGCGGUACUUGGGGCCUGAGAGUGUCCCAGGCACCUUCUCAGCUUCCUUUCCUCUUGAGGCUCUGAGCUGGCUGGAUCCCAGCCCUCUCGCCACUCAGCUCAGUAACCGUGAUCAUUCCUAACUGCACACUGGUCCUGGUGGGGACAGGAGCCACCCUCCACCUGCAGCAGGUAGGGAAAUUCUGCUGCAGUUGUGUGGGUCCUGGACGCACACCAAAGCUCAGGGAGGGUUUGAUAUGAGAGGCUGUAUUAAUUUUCUAUAGCUGCUAUAACAAAUUACCAUCAAUUUUGUAGCUUUAAAGCAUUGCACAUUUAUUGUCCUGCAGUUCUGGAGUUCAGAAAUCCUAAAUGUGUUGGCAGGGCUGCAUUCCUCCUGGGGGCUCCAGGGGAGAAUUCCUCCCCCCGCCACACACACCUUUUCCGUCAUGUAGAGGCCGCCUGCAUUCCUUGACUGCUCUUUUCAUCUUCAGAGCCAGCAGUGUAGCAUCUUGCAAUCUCUCCCUCUUGCUGUCCUUUCCAUCAUCACUUCUCCUUCUCUCAUAAGGACCCUGUGAUGACACUGGGCCCACCUGGAAAAUCCAGGAUCAUCUCCCCAUCUCCAGAUCCUUACCUUCAGCACAUCUGCAAAUCUCUUUGCCAUAGCCUUGUCCUGAGUGCACUGUGGGAGUGAGACGGGGUGUCCUGAUUCUCCUGCUGCCCUGUUCAGGAAGACAUACUGUCUGAAUCACGGGAUUGUGGCCAUGGUUCUGUUCCCCACUUGUGUUCAGUCUCCCCUGUACCCAACAUCUCAAAAAGGACACCCAGAGGAGGAAGGGUUUGUUACUGGCUUCCUGACAAGCUGGUUACCGGACUUAGUGAGGUUCGAGGAUGUGGCUGUGGAGUUUACCCAGGAGGAGUGGGCGCUGCUGGACCCUUCGCAGAGAACACUGUACAGAGACGUGAUGCUGGAGACAUGCAGGAACCUAGCCUCUCUUGGGUAUCAUGUUGAUAAACCCAGCCUAAUCUCUCUGUUGGAGCAAGAAGACAAGAUAAUGACAGAGGAGAGAGGAAUUCUCCCAGGCACCUGUCCAGAUUUGGAGACUAUACUUAAAGCCAAAUGGUUAACUCCUAAGAAGCAUGUUUUUAGGAAAAAAGGUUCUAAUGAUGUAAAAACGGAAAGAAAUCAUCUUGGAGUGAAGCUCAAUGAAUGUAAUCAGUGUUUUAAAGUCUUCAGCACAAAAUCUAAUCUUACUCAGCACAAGAGAAUUCAUACUGGAGAAAAGCCCUAUGACUGUAAUCAAUGUGGAAAAUCCUUCAGCAGUAGAUCUUACCUUACAAUUCAUAAGAGAAUACAUAAUGGGGAGAAACCCUAUGAAUGUAACGACUGUGGGAAAGCCUUCAAUGAUCCCUCAUCCCUCAGACUGCAUGUAAGAAUUCACACUGGAGAAAAACCUUAUGAAUGUAACCAGUGUUUUCAUGUUUUUCGCACUAGUUGUAACCUCAAAAGCCACAAGAGAAUUCAUACAAGAGAGAAUCAUCAUGAAUGUAAUCAAUGUGGAAAGGCCUUCAGCACGAGGUCCUCCCUUACUGGGCACAAUAGUAUUCAUACAGGGGAGAAACCUUAUGAGUGUCACGAUUGUGGGAAAACCUUUAGGAAGAGCUCGUAUCUGACGCAGCAUAUGAGAACUCAUACAGGAGAAAAACCCUACAUGUGUAAUCAGUGUGGCAAGUCUUUCAGCAGUAGUUUUUCUUUUACGGUACACAAGAGAAUUCAUACUGGGGAGAAACCCUAUGAAUGCAGUAACUGUGGGAAAGCUUUCAAUAAUCUCUCAGCUGUUAAGAAACACGUGAGAACUCACACUGGAGAAAAACCCUAUGAAUGUAAUCAUUGUGGAAAAUCUUUCACCACUAACUCGUACCUUUCUGUGCAUAAGAGAAUACAUAAUAGGUGGAUAUGAAUACAGUAACUGGGAAAGCAUUCAUUGAUUACUUAGACCUCAGACAACUGUGGUAAGUCAUGCUAGGGGGAUGAGUUAUCUGUUGCUGCAUAACAUUAUCUCACAAUUUCUGUAGGUCAGUUCAGAAAUGGCUUAAUUUGUAGUUCUGGCUUAGGAUCUCUCAUGAGGGUGCAAUUAAGAUUGUCAGCAGGAGCUGCAAUCAUCUGUGUUUUUAUUGCUGAAGAGUCCACUUCCAAAGGGGCUCACUCACUUGCCUAGCAAGUUGGUGCUGGUUGUUGGCAGGGAACCUUAAUUUCCUCACCAUGUAGGACUCUACACAGGCGUAAGUAUAUUUAUGAUGUAGCAGUAGGCUCCCCCUAAAGCAUGGUCUGGGGGAGAGCUAAUGCCAAAGCCAUGUUAUCUUUUAUGACCUAGCCCUGGAAGGACAUAUCACUUCUUCCAUAUUGUAUCGGACACACAGACCAAUCCUAACACAGUAUGGGAGGAGACCACCCAGGUGUGUAUAGGAUUCGAGAGAGAUCAUUGGGAACCAUCUGUGAAACUUGCCAUGAAAUCAAUGAAGAAAGGCCUUCAGCCUUUCAAUCUAUUUGAUAUGAGGUAUUCAUUAGCCCCCAUAUUAAUUCACUGUGGAGAGAAACCUCAUGAGUGCAGUCUAGGUGAUAAGCUUUCAGCUUAAACUCACCUUAAUGUGCACAAGAGGUUAUGCACUGGGGAGAAACCCAAGGAAUGUGGUAGCUAUAGGAAGGCCUUCAGGGAUAUCACUAAGGAGUCAUGUGACAGUUCACACUAAGGGGAAACCUUAUAUCAGAAUGCAAAAGCCUUCAGGGACACAUCCCUUAGAACACGUGAGAAAUCGCUAUACAGCAACACUCUCAGAAGGAAUGUGAAAACCCUACAGCACAAACAUUCACAUGACUGAGCAAACGUGGUGAGAUAAUUUGAAUGCAAUGGGAAAGCCUUAAAUGUUCUCUCAGUUUCUAAGUGAUGUAAGUAUUUAUUCUGGAGAGGAAGUCCUGUUAAAUGUCAUCAGUAUUGGAAAGCCUUCCAUUUUUCCCCAUUCCUGAAGAAAGUGUGAGAACUCAAGCAAAGAAACCCAUGAAUAUAAAGAAUGAGGGAAUGCCUUUAAUGAUACCUCUUACAUGAGGAAACAUGGAAACUCCCUGGAUGCAAAACCUGUGAGUGGAUUAAUUUUAGAAGAUCUUGCAGUGAUUGCUGUCUUUGUUGACUUGUGAGAACUCAUUAGAGGGAAACCCUUGGAAUAUAAUCAAUACGAGGAUGCCUCACCUCUUCACUGAGUGACACAAAAUAAACUGGGAAUGAAAAUUGUAAGCAUCAUGAGUAUCUAAUCCUUAGAUUGGUGUAUUAGAUCAUUAAUUUUCACUUGUUUAUUAGUAUAAAUAUUUAUGUCUAUAGCUAUACCCUAAAGUAAACCCAAAGUGAUCUUCCAUACUUUUACAUGUAAUAUGUUUAUUAUUUACUCUUUAAAAAUAUCAAUGCAUUGCAUAUUCAGAAAGAUUUCUGAAUGUCUCCUGAGUGACUUAGUUUAUCAUACUGAAACUUAGACUGUAUGUACUAUAUACUUUUUCUAAUUUAAUGGCAUUUUUGUCAAGUAAGUGGACUUUAUGAUGUUAAUUCUUUUUUUUCCUUUUAUCCUAGUAUGGCACUUACUUUUGGCUUCUUUCCCAAUGUCAAUUCUCUCCUACUUAUUUAAAGAAAAAAAAAUUUCUUCAAGUUGUCAAUGAGCAGUAUUAGAAAUACUCAAUAUUUACAUGGGCCCAGAGAUGUGUUGUCCUCUGCUGUCCAUGCAAAGUAGGUAGAAGUCACUAGGCGAAUGUUAUCUGGCUUAUUUGCUUCACCUGUAUUCUAUUCAUCUUAACUACUUCUCUUGAAAAGUGGGCUCAAGGCCUAGAAUUGGAAGACCUAUAUUUCGGCUAAGAUGAUAAAAAACAAUUUAGCAAAAAAUCACAAAGGUAUGAUCUCCCCAAAAGCUUACAAUUGGCUGUGUCAACUCUGGAUUGCUUAUUCCUAGACUUCUCCUUACAUGAUUAAAAGUAACCUCUAAGUGAGGAGAACCAAAGUGAUGUUUUGCAUUUAUUUUUGAGGAGGUGAUCUGUUAAUAUCCAACUGAAUGCAAUAUCUAACUGGUAAACCUACUGGUCAGCUUUUAUAAAUGUUCCAUGUUUGUUUGAAAACAUUGUAAUUUUCUUUUUAAGACAAUAAUAGACUUUAUUCUUGACAGCAGUUACAGGAUUACAGAAAAAUUCAGUGUAAAGAACAGAGUUCUCAUAUAGCCCCUUCCACACACAAUUUCCCCUAUUACUAAUGUCUUGCAUUAGUAUGGAACAUUUGUUACAACUGAGCCAAUACUGAUACAUUAUUAUUAGCUAAGAUCCAGAGUUUACAUUAGGGUUCACUCUUUAUGUUAUACAUUCAAUGCGCUUUGACAAUGCAGAAUAGUUAUACUGCCCUAAAAAUCAUCUGUGCUCUUACCUGUUCUUCCCUCCUCCCCCACUCCCAACUCUUGGUAACCACUAAUCCUUUUACUGUCUCCAUAAUUUUGCCUUUU